AUGACGGAUGCAACAUCGUCCGGCACUACGGCACUCCAUUAUGGUGUAAUGCAUACUGGUCAGGGCCCGGUCCUCAAUAUUUACCACAGCUAUCCAUCUUCAGAUGGCUGUUGGAACACGGUGCCCGAGCAUUUUGGAUCCAUCCGAUCUUCCUUACUACACCAAUCCACGUAUAUGUACGAAAAUUCGUUCGUUCAGCUGCCCUAUAUGAAGGAAAUUAGAGAUAAAUCCUACCGUCCGACAUCAGAAGAAGCACAAGUCAUAUAUGAUCUUGAGCGAGAAGACAUCGAACUUCUCGAAAAUCUGACCACGGACUUUGAACUCAAAUGGGCCACAUACACCAAGCCGUUCGUAACCUUCAUGAACCGAGUUUGGAAACCGCGGAUGAGAGCCGUUCGCGCGGAGCGACGAGUCGAAAAGGAUAUCUACGAGGCAGAGUUACAGAGAAUUGGUGUGAGGUUGAAGCAGGCAGGCGAAGAGGAGGCCGAUGAUCGCGAUUCGGAGUCUGGAUCAGAGUCCGAACUCGAUUCUGAGAGCGAUUCAGAUUGGCCGGAUGAUUACGAAAGCGAAGGAGACGGGUGGUACACAACUGAUGAGGAAGAUGGAGGUGUAGUGGAAGACGACGGAGACUCAGAUGAGGAAGCGAGUCAGCCGAGUCAUGACGAGACCGAUGAUGGAUUGUAA